AGUCCAAAGUUCAGCAGGAGAGUGGGUAACGCACUCAUUAGUUUCUUUUUUCUCCACGCAGUCUGCACACACUAAAACACCCUCUGACUGCUCCUCCGACUUUAAACCUGAUCUGAUUUCUUUCUGGAGCAUUUUUACCCAGCAUUUCCUCAGAUUCUCGUUUCUCUUGGACUUGUUUUGGAUUUUACGCACUAACUUACCUUCUCCGGACCUCCGGCGCUUUUCCCCCUUGGACGCUCGUGCCCACACGUCAUGGCGCGGUUAUUACUAUCGUGUCUCCUGCUGUUUGUAUCGGCGCAGACGGUGAGUACCCCCAUCAGCACACUUGCAGUAAAUCAGAUCCUAUUUUAAAUUUAUUUUUUAUCCCAAAUCUGCCUAGAUUUAUGUUCCGCUCUGUUUUGGGGAGGUUAAAGAAAUGUGCGCUUUUACGCGCAGCGCCGAGCUCUUCUCAUAGCUUACCUUUAUUAUUACUGAAACGAAAGUAUUUCAAUUUGAACAUUUAUGAAACAUAUUUAUGAAAAUAAUACUGUAUACUGUAGAGAGGGUCUGAAGUCCAGAAAUUAUCAGUGUCUACAGAGAUAAAUGAGGACUUGUAUGUAAAAUAAUCUGCAGGGUUUGCAGCGGUUCACGGACUGUUUUAUGCGCGUUUGCGUUUUUUAUGCAUGUUUUCUCACCAGCAUAUUUAAUCAAAUUACUUUUCGUAUAGCUUAUCGGUCAUUUCUGUCUUUUGAACCCCUAUCCCUCUACGCUAUGUGAUCUCCUCUCAGGCCUUCUCCUCCGGGGUCUUCGAGCUGAAGAUCGACUCUUUCACCAGCUCCCGCGGCUUAUGCAGCCACCAGUCCCGGGACUGUCAGAUAUUUUUCCGCGUGUGCUUGAAACACUCGCAGGACGUCAUCGACCCGGAGCCGCCGUGCACAUACGGCACCGCGCUUACAGAGAUGUUCGGCGCCGACUCCAACUCCAUCUCCGAGAGCGCGCCCGUCAGGGUGCCUUUCCUCUUCAAGUGGCCGGUAGGUGACAGAAAUCACACCGUGUGGCUUCAUAAAGUGGAAUUCUCACACCCAAAGCCCUAUAGUCAUGCUGAUGAAGAGUGUGUGACUUCUGCUUAUGUAUGCGUCAGUUCAAGUCGGACCACGCACUUAAGUUUGAUCGCAUGAAUGAGUGAAAGUUCUUGACUGCUGGGCAUUUACUCUGCCGUCAAAACUUUUAAUUUAAGGGUAAAACUUAAACACAAGAAUAAAUCUAACCUGCAGCAUUCACAGGAGCUGGGCGUUCAUUAUAGCUCAUGCAGGUGAACAUGGAAACACUACUAAACCAUCCGAUAGAUCACCUGGUGAUUAAUCGAUACCUUCACUCUUUUUCAGGGGACUUUCUCUCUGAUUAUCGAGGCCUACACUGCUGAGUCUUCGGGACUGGAGUCCACAGGUACAUAAUCACAGUGCAGUACUGCAGCCAUAACGCCAGGCGGCGAAAGAGGCGCUGUCCACUCUGAAAUCAAAUGCAGACGAUGCGUAAAGGGACCCGAGUUUGAUCUAAGUAUACCAACUUUGAUGAUGAUGAUCAGAUGCUAAGAAGCAAAAUGUAGGACAAGACAAUAGCAGGUUUAUUUUUUUUAUCUCAUAUCUAACCAUAAAGAUAAACAAUUUCAUGAAGCAGCGGCUUCAUAUAAUGAGGUGAAGUUUAAGGGACAGUUUGCUCAAACAGGUCGUGCUGACAUGAAGCUAAAACACACUGAUUCUGUCUCUUUGAGUUGCAGUCUGCAGAUCUGUCUGCGUGAGUCCUGCUUUGUGUGGUAAAUGUUGUUUUAGCUGCUAAAACUUUAUCUGUUUGGCAACCCCUUUUGGUUUCAGGAGAAAAGCAUCUGUAGAUGGUCAUUUCUCCUUAUGAGCAUGGAGUUUCAUAUGAAUCUUGUAUGCGCUGGGUCGCUUCAAGUCACAUUCCUUGCGACUGAAAAAAAAAUGCUGAGGGAAAAGUCGAAUAAACUUCUGAGAAAAUACUUUCACAGACUUUGUUGCAGCUGCAUCAUUGGUGACCCAGGUUCUGUCAAAUGUCCCCAUAAGGUGAAUCUUGUCAGGUUAUGUCUUUGUUUAGUGCCAGUAAGGCAUGACUGGCACAGGCCCUGUCUCCAUGUGUUUGCUGACACAUGCAGUGGUGAUCGUCUUCUACACAGCUAUUUAAUUCAUAACCCCACACUUCAGAAAAUAUGAACCAAUCAAAAGCAGGAUGUCCUCUCUGUUUCCAAGAGAUGAAGAUGCUGCAGCUGUGCACAAAGCCAAACACCUGGUCACCUUCAGAGUAGGAGUCCAGGUCUAAGGGAAAGUUUGAGAUGCUGGUUAAGUGUUUGACUGGAUGUUUCAGCCCUUUUACUUUUUAACACCAAAGAUUGAAAAUGUGAAUUUGAGACGCACUCUCAUUCAGAGAAGAUUAUUGGAGGACACAUCUUCAAUUAUCCUCCAAAAUUUUUUUUUUAUCCUUAUCAUCUUUUCUCUCUUUCUUUCAGGGAACCAGAACAACCUCAUCAGCCGGCUUGCAAUCCGCCACAAGUUGAAAGUCGGGGAAAAGUGGUCUCAGGACGUCCAGUCUGGCAACCAGAGUGAGCUUCGUUACUCUUACCAUGUGGUCUGCAAUGAGUUCUACCACGGUGAGGAGUGUUCAGCCUACUGCCGGCCCCGCAACGAUACUUUUGGACACUACACCUGUGAUAAAGAAGGGAUCCGGCUCUGCCAGGAGGGCUGGAGCGGCCAGUACUGCUCUGACCGUAAGUGCUGAGCGUGAACUCAAAUGAAAAAUUUGUGAGUGUUUUCAAUCUAUUCAGGAUUCAUUUAGAAGGAGUUAAACAGGGAAUAACAAUUAAAAAUAUGGCAAAAAUAGCAGAAUGGUCCUUUAGAGCAUCAUCACUUCUGCACUUGAACAAAAAAGACAUAAAAGGGUUCGUCUGCACCACUCAGCAGUGAGUUGAUGUAAAAUGCCUGUAAAGUCCUCUUUCAACAGUAGUUUGACCCUUGCCAGUCUCCUCCUCCUCCUCCUUCCUCCAUUUUUAUCCCAACGUUUCUUCAGAUUGGGAGGGAGGAGGUGCAGGUUGUGUGGGUGUAAGGGGGUGGGGGAGUGAAGAAUAGGACCCUUGGCGCUUCAUUUUUUUGUCCAGCAGCCUUGAAAUUGUUAAGUCAAGCAGUUGUCAACGCCAUCGUUGGCUCUGGUGGCUGUGGAGGACACAAAAAGAUCUUAGAGCCUCUGCCGUUUCCAGUCUGCCAUCGUGUGUGUGUUUGCUCCAAGGUCUGCUCCUUUUGUUUUGAGCUCAACAAUGGGCCCCCAGAGUUGGCCCCCAGUCGGCCCCCGGCCCGCCUGCUUUAACAGGGACACGCGCUGCAGCUUAAUGUGCGCUGCCUUGCGUGAAAAGAGACGGCAUGUGUUGCUUUUGUUGUGCAGGCCAGCUGCUUCGUUGAGUACUUAACAAGCACUUGUAGGGGAGUCGAGUGUGUGUAUGUUUGUGAGUGUGUGUGUGUGUGUGUGUGUGUGUGUGUGUACGUGCGUGUGUCUUGGAGAGUGUGUUUGUGUGUGUAAGGCCCUAGGAGGGGAGGAUUGUUGUUUUCUAAUAUAAACCUGGAACAUGAAAUACACACACAUGCAAUCAUAGUAAUAUCCCCCCCCCCCUCCCCCUCUCUCUAACUCCCUACCCCCUUCUUGUGUCCCCCCUCCUCUGUCCCAUCAGCCAUCUGUACAGCAGGGUGCAGUGAGGAGCAUGGCUUCUGCGAGUCUCCGGGGGAAUGUGUGUGUAGGCAGGGCUGGCAGGGCGAGCGCUGCGACGAGUGCGCCCGACACCCCGGCUGCCUCCACGGGACCUGCCAGCAGCCAUGGCAGUGCAACUGCAAGGAGGGGUGGGGGGGCCUGUACUGUGACCAAGGUGGGUUCAACCACAAAGAAACAGCUUCUCAGUGAUUAACUUUUGAAUAUGCACACUACUGCAUGUUUUCUGCUAGUAAAAGACCCAAAAAGAGCUUUUUAGUGUCAAUGGUCCAACACCCAAGUUUGACUAAAACUUCUGUUCACAUUGAUGCCGACCAGUGCACCCUCCUUAACUUCCACCUUAUUGAGCAGUCUGUCGUUUCCCUGUAGAAAACAGACUCCAGAUGCUUCUUUGUCUGCUGAACAAAUGAGCUAGGACAUUAUGCAUUCAUUAAAUAUUAAUUUGGAGUAGAAGAUUGACAAAAAUGGACUUUAUAGACAGUUGAGCUUUUCUGCAACAGAACAAAAGCACAUAAAUGAGCCAUCUGAUUGUAUUAGACUGAUCAUGUUGAGUGAAUUUCCUUAUUGAAGAUAAAAGACAGACAUGUCAGUUAUAUAAUCACGUUGAGAUCAUAUUUGAGUUAGUUUUGAUUUAAAAAAUUGUUAAUAGAUAUUUCCAAAGUGAAAAAAAUUAUGUCUGUUGACACUCCCUUUUUUCUUUUUUUAUCCUGCCAACUUGCCAACAUAAUUCAAGUUGCUUCUCUCUGCUCUCAAAGCUGCCCUGCUGCACAUAUUUGAGUAAAACCAGCUCAAAUUCAAGUCAUCCAGCAUUUUCAAGAGUCAAACUCAACAAAACUUCAAAUCAUCUGACUAUUUUGAACGACAAAGUUAACACAAAACCAAAAAACAGCAGAAGACGCGUCGUCAGUGUACGAGGUAAAUAUUGCUAGUUUCAAAUUUCCUCUGAGUGUUUUUCCAAAGAACAUAUGAAUAAUAUUCACCUAAGUUUUUUUGGAGGGUCUCUGCUGUGCUCUAAAAGUACAUUUUUGGUUAGCUGUGAUAUAUUGAUGAUAAUGUGCUUUAAAAACAGAUAAAAGCAUCACAGCCAAGCAGUCAUCUCUGUUCACAACUUUCAGCCCUUUUCGAAAAACAAAGUGAAAGUCAAACCCUUUCGUAAGAAGAGUAAAAGAAUCGUUUGCAAAACUGUAAGUAAUAGUCCAAUUAAAGACGUCAAUAUUGGAGGGUUACCUUAAGUUAAUUCCUAUAGUUCAACUCACCUUAAAUUCACUUGGAUACAAUCACAAACUCAUCUUUUUCAACAAAAUAAAACCAACCUGAGGAGUGUGUAGAAACACAAAAUAACUGCUCUACAUCUUAAACAGCGCACCUGAUAAAAUACAAUCAAAUUGUUGUGGAAUAUUUUGCUUUGAAAUAAACUUCCUUCCUGUUAAGAGGAGCAGGUAUAGUGUGCCUCAGGGCUCUUUCCUAGGUCAUCCUCCAUUCUUCUUUUCUUUUUUUUUUUUACUUUAUCAUAAAAUGACAGCUGGAAUGAUUAUAAUGCACUUUUGUAAACAAAUAAGAUCUAACGGAGGCCUAGUCAGAAUAAAUUUGUGCUUUAAUUAUGUCUCUGUCGGUCCUGACUGAAAAAACAAAAAAACCCCACCAAUUUAAAGCAGUUUUAUGACCAGAAAAUCACCAACUUUUCCUUUGAUUCUUUUUUCAUUUGAUUUUUUUAAAGGAUACAAAUAAGCUUUAAGUUAACCAGUGUCUCCAUGUCAUCCAUGUAUUACCUUGUGAGAAGUAUCAGGUGAUUCACCACACUUUUUGUCAGAGUACUUUGAUAUUUCCCAAAGAUACAAGCUGAGUUCACUCUGUCUUGGAUAUGCUACAAAGUUUCUCAGAGAGAGCUACAUGACAUGUUUUAAGUCAGUCUGCAGCAGCUUGUGUUCAUGCACAGACCUCUGCCAGCUGCUAAACCUCUUUCAUUUUUACACUAUGGUGCAAAUUUGAUUUUCUUUUCAGGCUUCUGCAUUUGGAUGUCACACUCACUAGACUCAGCAACGUUGCUUGUUUAAAAAUCUUUUCUCUUAGUGAGCACCAAAGGUAGAGGCGUAUUUACUAGGUCAGACAGAGGAAAACUAUCAGGAUGCUGAUAUUAUGGUGAUGUUAAAGGCCUAACAUGGCAAAGCAACACUGAAUGUACCAUACAAAGCAUUAAUAUACUGUCAUUUCUUAGGUUCAGGAAGUAGUCUCUUUUCAUCCCUGAGCACAUUGGCCAAUCAAACAUUUAUUUGGGACUGACUUUCAGCAGACAAAUCAGGUGUGCUCUUGACUCUGUAGAGUCAAAGAAAGCUUUAUGUUUUACCAGCUCAGUGACAUACGCUUCAUCUACCUUUGGCCUCCUAGUGAGCUGAGAUAGGACAAACAUUUUUUUCCCAAAAAUACAUAGAAUUCAAAAGCAGCUUAUUUGUCUAGUCAUACCCAUUUAUAAAAAGGACAGACAUUACCAACUGUAGCUCAGGUUUCCAGAAACAACGCUCUGUUGUUUCUUUUUGCUGACUCCUCUCUGAUUCGGUUCAUCCCCCUAACCUCACUCUUACUCAACCUUUUUCAAAUCCAGACCUGAACUACUGCACCAACCACAAGCCGUGCCAGAAUGAUGCCUCAUGCACCAACACAGGCCAGGGCAGCUACACCUGCACCUGCAAACCUGGGUUUUCAGGCAAAAACUGUGAGAUAGAGACCAACGAGUGUGAAAGCAACCCCUGCAGGAAUGGUGGCAGCUGUAAAGUAAGUCAAUGCACCAGUGAUACUCAUGCUUCUAGGUUUGAUUUUUUUUCUCUAAGAAAACUUAACAAUAAAUCAAACAGACAGAAAACAGGACCCCACCUGACCUCCUUUACACUCUUCUUUUUUCCAGGAUUUGGUAAGCGAUUACUCGUGCGCUUGCCCUCAGGGUUUCUAUGGGAAAAACUGUGAGACCAGUGCCAUGAAGUGUGCAGAUGGGCCGUGCUUUAACAGAGGAACCUGCAUGGAGAACAUUGCUGGCGGGUACAGCUGCCUGUGUCCGCUCGGGUUCACAGGCUCCAAUUGUGAGAAGAGGAUCGACAGGUGCAGCAGCAACCCUUGCGCUAACGGUACGAAACAUCAGUAAUCUGCAUUUUUGCUUUAUGCUAGCAGGUUAGAACUUUUCCUGUCAGGUCAAAGUCUUAAACACAAGUUUGAGUGAGUUGAUUUCAGUAGAGAUCUAGGGCAGCCAAAAUCGAGAGGGUAACUUCAGUUUGAAGGAUCGCAUAAACUAAGGUGUCAAAAAGAGGACACCGUUGUGCUGGUGUAGAUUUGGUGCCCUAAAUUCAGCACUUGUGUAAAUGCUUUGCAAGUAUCACGAUUGAGUCUAAGGAUUUUUAUUGAGACCAGCCUGCAGUCAUGUCAGCUGCUCUUGAUGUUGUGCUUACUACAUUAGAAUGAUGGUGCAAAUUGAAAAAAAGAGUAAAAGUAGAGAGGUUGCAUCUGAGGAAUGUGAUUUCAAAAGACCCCGGAUCCACCUUUUCCAGGUUGGUCCUGUCAGUACUUGCUUUCAGAGUUACAUUUUUACCAAACCUCAGCCAAGUCCCUGAUUGGUGUUUAGAAAACUCCAGUCUGUGGGGCAAAGUGGAGUCGGCUGUUACAGCUCAGUGAUAGUUGGAGACUUGCAGGCGGCAUUCAACCACUUCACGUUAUCAGUUUGUCUGUCAUUCCUGAUGAAGCAGCUCCAGAUGUUGCUGCAAUUUAAACAAGCAGGCUUUUAGUGUUGUGGCAGGCAGUCACAUGCUCAGGAAGAACUGUGGAGAUGAGGAAAGAUAGUAAAGUUGUGUUUUUAUGAGGUACUUCCUGGUGGUUUACCUCAGAGCCGGUUAGAUCUGUGCAUCGGGCUUCUACGGGAAAGGGCUGGACUGCGAGUAAUGGACCAGCCUGUCAUUCAUCACAUAUUAGAAGUUACAAAUCCCUUAGAACCGAAACACAACUCACUGAAACCAGUUUUAUACUGUCAAACAGUGUAAUUGCAUGUAAUCACAAAAUUUCAGUAGUCAUUUACGAUUAAUUACAUUUUAAUCGUAUGAUUAUUUAUUCAGUUCAGAACUGCUUCUCGGUCUAUAUUGACAAUUUGCAGCAAUUUAACAGAAUGCAAUUAAAUGUACUUUAUGAUCUUGACUUUAGAUUUAUUACUUGUAUAAAUGCUGCACUGCUGCACCAGUGUGGACUGAAACCAGGACUUAAAGGGAGGAGACAUCCUCAAUGUUUAUUCAAAGACAUCCCUGUUAUACUUUAAGAGAUGUGUAGAAGUGUUGGUGCUGUACAUGCAGUUUCAAAACGAGUCAUUCUGAGACAGUUUUGAUGACUCAGUGAAGUCCAGGGAUCCCUGGUUAAUGCAACAGUUUUGGCACUUUUCAGUCUAGUUGUGUUCUCUGAAACGGUAUCACAACAUUUCCACUCAUUUAUGGAGCGCUGCAGUUAAUCUUUUUACUUCAGUUUAAUCCAAAGGUCUGUCAGGGUUCGGGUCGUAAUCCGCACAUUCAAAAAUAGUGCUCUAUUGUUUUUGUGAUGUGGUCAGCCUCAGUAGCUGUAUUUGUUUGCCUAGCUUAGAGUUGGGAGCUGACUCCAUUGAUAUUUCUAUUUGUUAAUAUCAUAGACUGUUGAGCUGGCGGUGUUGAUUUUUUUCCAUAUGCCAAGAGGUGCAUAAAGGCACUCAGUCUACAGGAAAUACACCCACUACUAUCGGACCGUAAUGACGUGACAUAAAGUUUCAGAUUUUGGUAAAUAGUUAUUGACUGUGAGUUAUCUGUGGUUUGUUUGGACCAGGACUCACAGCUAUAAUCUGCAGAUAGAUCUCAAAGCAAAGUAAAAAAUAACUGGCAUCAGUCCAGCUUUUUUCUGAUUUCUCGGCAUAAAAUUAUUUACAGAGCACAUUCAUCAUGAAGGCAGGGUGACAGGUUUUGAAAGGUGUUGAAAACCUACAUGGCGCAUCUGGAUCCACCUGCUGCAUGUUGUUUAAAAGUAGUCAGAUAGUGGCAAACUUUUUUUCACAGUUGCUCAAGCAUAGCAGCAGCAUAGUUUGAUUUCUUCACACGGCCCUGCUGUUAUAAAAGCACCCUGAUGCCCUCAGUGUUGUUCUGCAAAUCUAUCUGACAUGUUGUCAUUUACCAUGCUUGUAUGCUACAAUUCAUCUGGUGUGAUUCAAAAUUAUUUGGGCAAAACAGGUCAGAAUUAUGACAAAAUCAUGCUGCAAACCUGUCAAAGGGAAAGAUCUGUAGGUUUAGGGUCUAUUUCUUAAAACACCACUUCAUUUCAGUGGUCCAAAUCAGUGGUUUUUAAACCUAGUAAUAAUUUUUUACACUAAAUCAGACGGUUUUGUCCUUGUGAAUUGAUGAUGAUUGAUCAAUUAUCAUGAUUAAUUUCCUCCCCCAGAAUAUUUGUCCUUGUCUUAAGGGUUUACUUCAAGGUUUACAUGAUUUUCUUUUAUUCCUAAGUGAAACGUUAUCAGGCUCACUGAGCGAGGACCGUUUGUACAAUACAGAUGCAAAACUGUAUGUCAUCUGCAUCAAGAGGGACCUGUUAAUAUUGUACAAAUGAGGAGUGGCCUGAGAUGUGAGCCCUGUGGAACACUACAGUUCAUAUUGAAAAGGCAGGAACAGAGGCUGAUCUAACUGUUGUUUGAGUGGGAAAAUUUCCAUCUUGGUAUCCAAAGAUCUGAGAUACUUUUAAAAUAGUUUUGCCUCACACGGGUUUGUAUGACUUAAACAAGAACCCCUACCAUUUCUGAAACUAAUACUGGCUAAGCUAAAUUUGAGAAUGAAAACACAGGGCCCUCAACUUCAAAACUAACAUUCCCAGAAAGGAUUUGCCAAUUUUACAUGAAUGUCAGUGUUUUUGUCUUUCCGUGAAAGGGUUUGAUAUACAUCCAAAGCAGUAUAGCUGGAGACAGGGCGUGUCCUCUUUGAUAUUCCCUCAUAUUAUCAUCUGACUGAAUGUUACCCACCUGCAAGCAUUUCCACAUAUUCAAAACCUGGAAAAAGAAUGACCAGUAAUAGGAAAGUAUUCAAGCAUUAGAAAGUUUUCUUGAUCACAAAGGCACCUCCAGCAUUUCCAUUGUUAACUUUUACGAAGCACAAGAGUUAAAGUCAGGUCCAAGUUCUGGUGGUGCACUGGCCACCAAAGUCUUCAGAGGAGUCUGCGAUACUCAGAUACUCAAACUGCAAUUGGCUUGGUCUUGCUGUUUUUUUAUCAGUAGAACUUGGAGGCUGAUAUGCAGAAACAAAAACACUCAGAAUGGGACUUAAGCCAAGAAGGAAGUGUGAAUAUCCUGCGAGUUACUGGGAAGUCGUUUGUUAUUUUGACUGUGUAGAGACAUUUCUCUGUGCUGGAAAAGAGGCAGGGAGGAUCUGCAUUUUAACUCCUGCAUAUAUAACAUCAGGUGUGGUUCUGGGAGCUGCAUACAGCAAACAUACAGAGUAUAAAAACGCUUAAAACCAUCAAAAAGUAGCUUUAUGGGACAAAGAAGUGUCUCUUUGACACAAGUGGGCUCCAGCCGAGGCUAAGAUCGUUUCUCCACUGACUUAACAUCCAGACGUCCAGUGACUAGCAUCCUUCAUCUGGCUGAAAUGCAAGGUUUGAAUGAUAAUGAACUAAAAAUAAACAGUGAUGUGACUCGUAAAAGUAAGAGGCAUUAGUUGGCUUCAGAUUUGUAGAAUGGUGGAGGAUGAAUUCAACCUAUAAGGGACAUUCAAGACCUAUUAAGAAGUGAAACUUCUCAGAUCAAGAGUUAAAAUUUUAACGAAUAAAUAUAGAGCGAUGAAGACAGGAUAUUUGUGUUUCGUACUUCAUGUUAUAGAGUAAGUGUGUGUGUGUGUGUGUGUGUGUGUGUGUGCGUGUGUGUGUGUGUGUCAGAGGGCAGAUCGUCUCCUGGAUUGUCACGUAGGAGCCUCUGAGCACGCCUUAUCACCAUCAGUCUGGCAGCAAAAAUAUUUCUCUCAUUGUUGUCAUCGUAAACAAGUUUGUUUUUGGCCGUAAACCUCUCAGCCUCUCUCCGUCUCUUCUUUAUUGUUCUCGUAUCGUCGUGUUUGGCACAGGUUCAUCUGAGGGGGCUUUUUCAGCACUGGUCUGAGGUUGAAACUCUAAAAACUUGAGUUUCGUUUCCUUGUCUCUUUAGAGCUCCAAGGAAAAGUUUUACAAGGGGAUCUCGCCCGUAAAUGUUUCUGUCCUCAAUAUUAUAGCACAUUAGAGUUGUUUCUUGCUGAUCGUGUUCUGGUUUUAUCACUUUCGAACAUUUCUCUUUCAAAACCAUUAGCUUAAAGGUCAAUCCUGCCUCAUAGGCAUCCAUUACUUUCAUUUAUCCACAUAAAUCUCCUCGCAAAGACUUGGAAGUUGCCAUGGAGCAAUGAUCAGUCACAGUCAGGGCUUUGCUGAGUUUAUUAUGUCAAAAAUCAUCUGUCCAGGAUGUUUUAAUUUUGGCUCUGAGGGGUUAUUGCUGGUGAAAACUGUGACAGAACAAAUGAAAGCUGCCCUGCUGCCAGGCUGUCUGGUCUUCAGAUCUUCUGCUGAACUGUGAUGGAUUAGCAGUCUGUAACAUGUUCCUGUGAGUUGACUUCCACAGCCAGGAGGUCAGGAAAACAGUUACCAAAUAUCGGAUGAGAAAUCAUAAAGAAACCUGCAGCACACAUAUGAUGCAGAAUUUGUUGAAGUGUAGAGAAAUCGCAUGAUUUCUCCUCUGAUUUGAGAAAGCACAGACGGGAAUAAGGAUGUUUCAUGUUGGCUGACAUUUUCUCAGGCUGAAUCACCAGCAGACAUUUUUUUUCACCGUGAGCAGACAAUAAUCAGGAUCAGACGGCUCCACCGACAGAACUGGCAUCACAAAAAUAAACUUUAUCUCAGAACUUUACAAUAAACUGUCAGUUAUCAUAGACCUGCUGAGUAGAGCUGUCUCAAAGGGACCUGGUGUAGCCUACAGUCCUCCCUCAGGUCCUCAUUAGCGUGUCAGAACCCCUGUCUGCUUAUCUCCAAUCUGCAGUCAUUCCUGCCUCUCAGUGAGCCUGACGGUCUGACUGAAAAAAGACCCCCAGAGCUGCUGUCUGGGUUGUUAUUGCGCCACUCUGUUUGCAGUGUUGCAACACAGCAGCUGCAGAAGACAGCCAAAUAUGGAGCUGAUCCUGGAGUCUGAUCCUGCAGCACACAAACUGAGCUUCAAUGCAUUAAUCUAAAUCUGCUCCACUGGUCCAGUUGAAACUCUUCCAGGAAUUUGGAGAAGAGCGGGUCUCCUUCUUUCUUCUGUCAGUAAAUCUGUUGGCCAUGUUUUAUCAGUUCCCAAAAUUUGAUUGUUUCCAGAUCUAGAAGCUAUUAAUAAUUUAGAGGUAACAAUCAUAGUCACUGAGUUCGUAAGGGUGAGCUGGCGUUUUUCCCCUACUCAAGAUUUUCUGUUUUCAUUGUGCAGUGGAAAACAUGUCCUCAGGAUUAUCUUAAUCAUAUACACAUUUCUCUUCCGGUGAACAAAGAUCUGUCAUACAGAAAAAUAACAGCCUUCCCUCUCAACUCCCUCCCUUUCCCUCCUUUGCAGCCUGAUGUCAUCCUCUCAUUGAAACAUACCUUCCUUUUUUUAGAGGCUAUUUUGGCGUUAAAACAUUUAAUGAUUUUUAAUUCUUCUUCUUUUUUGCAAUCUACAGUCACUCUACCUUCUUUUAACCAGAGAUAAUUAACUUCUUUUCUGUUUUGAUGCAUCGAAAAGCUUCACUCAGCUCUCAGAUUUCAUGUUUUCAGGAUGGGAAACAGAUUUGUGCAGCAGUUGAUUUAAUUAUAAGAAACUUUGAACAGACAUUUUGGAUAUUUUGGACUCUCAUGCUGUUUAUUGAUUUUUUUCAUGCUCAUGAAGUCACUCUAGUGUCCCCCAGGGCUUUCUCACUCUACAGUUAUGCCAAUAGGUGCCUCCGAAACCUUUGUGAAAGUGCAUUUGUUCCUUCUGUUGAUACGUGUCUUUGAUUGUCAAUAGUCUUUUUGACAAGCUUCCUGAUAAACAGUGCAACAUCUUUAUAUCUGACCAGCAAAGCAACCAAAAUCUCAAUCACACACCAGUAAUUCAUCAUAGCCAGACAUAUAUUUGUCUUUUUCUUCUGGAACGUCCUUGAGGCUUUUUCUCUUGAACUUAUAACAGCUAUAGGAAACAAUGUUCCUUUCAAAGCUGACCCUGUAACAUGUCAGCAGCACAUUACCUGCAGCCAUCUGGUUUCUCUUACUCUCUAUAAGGGACGUGUAAAGCCACUUAGAUUCAGCCUUUGAGGCGAAUCCCAGGGCACUGAAGUCCAAAAACCAAACCAAAAACAUGAUUUUCUUCUGGCCAUUUUUUUUUAAACAGGUCAUUGUAUUUGGUCAGUGCUGCUCUGUAACUGAAGAUUUGAGUUUUUCAUGUGUCUCAAUCUGACAGAUUCAUAGCAAAGCAGAGAAGUUUGGCUCUUUGUUUCAUGAGGAGGUAUUUUUCUCCUCUCACCUGUUUUCUUGCAGCCAGGUGUUCAAUUUUCUGUCUUGGUUUUUUAAUUCAAAUGUUUCUGUCUCUUCCCUCUGCAGGCGCUCAGUGUCAGGACCAUGGAAAGCGUGUCACAUGCCGUUGUCGGCCAGGCUUCACCGGUGCUCGCUGUGAGACCAACAUUGACGACUGCGCCGGCAACCCCUGCCGCAAUGCUGGCACCUGCAUCGAUGGCAUCAAUGAUUUCAGCUGCUCGUGCACACUCGGCUUCACCAGUAAGGACUGCUCUGUGCGCACCAGCCCCUGCAACCAGUUCCCCUGUGAAAAUGGCGGCACGUGCUACACUCAUUUCACUGGUCCUGUGUGCCAGUGUCCGACGGGCUUCAUGGGCGCUCGCUGUGAGUACCCCAUCACGAACCCCAUCACGAAGGCGACAACCAAGCCGCCAGUGACAGCUGACUCCUCUCCAGCGCUAAUUGCUGCGAUUGCCUUCGGCCUGGUGACGCUGUGUCUUCUGACAUGUGCCGCCAUCCACAUUCUGCGCCAGCUCCGGCGAGGCAGGGCGCUGGCCCUUUCCACAUCUGUGAAAAAUGACCUGGAGACGGUGAAUAACCGCAACGCAGUGAUUGGUGGGGGUGGUCCUAAUAAUGGCAGCUUACCAGGAGGACCGCUGAGCAGCCUGAGGGAGAAGGAGGCCUUCCUCAUCCCUGGAGGACAUCUGAAAAUGUCCAAUAAGGAUGCAGCUUUGGUGGACAAGUGCGACGACAACAUGAGCAUGUUUAAAAACAAAAUGGCGGACUGUAAUCUGGCAAAGGAGGAACAGCGAUUAGCCAAGAACAAGUUAGACCCGUAAGUCCCUGAUGAUGGUUUGAAUGCUCUUGUACACUUUCAGUCCUUGUUGUUACCGUGGUACCAACCGUCCCCUUCUCUCUCUCUUUCCCUAACAGUAAGAUGUGUGACUCCACCAUCAUCACGCCUCCUCUCAGUUUCACUAAGGACAGUUUGUAUCACCCGGUGUUCAUCAUCCCAGAGCAGGUGGAGCAAUGUGUGUUUGCUACUGAGGUGAGGACACAUCGACACUCCCACAUAUACAGAUAUUUAUGUCUUUACCUGCUCAGUGAGAGACGAAGCCCAUCAGUCUUUUCAUUUUUUUUCAAACAGGUGUUUACAUACAGAGCAGCGAUUUUUAGGGGCAAUUAUAUAAUAGUGGCGCUGUUUUGUAACUAGACCAGUGCAUCAAAAGAUGCCAAAUUUCCUGCAGAGAAAUUGAGUGAAAAGGAGAAUGUUUUUUGAGCGCUAGUGUCUGUACCCCAGACCUGGGAUGAUAUUAAAAGGUUUAGUCAGUGAUGUAUCAACCAAGCAAAACAGUUCCCAGCUGUAAUAAAAAUAUAAAAGCAGCCCCUCAGUUUAGUGUUAAUCUGAUCAUCGUUUUCCCUAUAUCCCUAUAAUCCUAUAAUCCUAAAGCAAGGAAUAAACGUGAACACAGAAGUGAACCUCAAUCUCUGUCUUUAUCAAGCAUGGUCAGAUUAAUAUGUGAAUGAUGACACCUCACAUCUUCUCAAACAUGCAGGAAGUAUCAAAUGUUUAUUUUUGAAAUAACAUCAUUUGUCUUAAAAAUAUGUAAAUACAGUUUCAUGGCAAGUUUAUUUAUAGAGCAUCAAUAAUACAUUAGAAAAACAAUAACAAAAUAAACAGCUUAAAAGAGAUGUUAUAAACAGUACACAUAAGUUUUAAAUUUUAAAUGUAUUACAAUGUAGGAUCAAAAAAGGGAGAAACAAAAAUCAAAAUAGUCCAUAAUACAUUGGGUUUGUUAGUCGCAGUGAAUGAUUACUGUUAUGUAAUAUUUAUGUUGUCAGGUCUUUGCAUAGAGACUACUGUGUCUUACUGUCCCUCUAGACACAGAUUGACAGACUGAUCUCGACCAAUUAGAACAAUCUCUGCACAUUAAUAAACCCCAGAUUCACUGGUUGUUCCAUCUGUGUCAACUAACGGCUAAUAAAUUGUCUCAGACUUCCAAAUAUAAACAUUGUUUAUGAAACUCUGAAACUUUAUAUAAACACCUAAAUAAUUAGAGAGAGGAAUUUCUGAAGCUCAGCGUUGACUCAAACUUUCAUCUUUAAUCAUUUGGAUAAUUAACAUUUUACCCUCACUGUGAAAACCCAACCAAACCCUCCCAGGACGUAUUCAAACCCUGUGGUUUUCACAUAAUCAAAAACUGCCUGGGAUUUUACCACAAGCGUUCUAAACACUUCCAUCUGUUAAAAGUUAGCAAGUCUUCUGACAGACAUAAAAAGAUGGAGAUGAACAGCUGAUUAAUACAAACAAUUAAAAUUAUGAAAUAUGUAGAAAGCUCAUGAUAUACUAAAUACCACCCCAGUCUGACUUUUAAACUUUGAGUUUUUUAUUCAGUCUUGUUGCUGUGGAUAAUUUUUUAUCAUGUAAAUUUGAAUUUUCUUCUCAAAUCAAAAACAUUAUCAGUAAGUUGCCCUUUCUUCUCCUUCAGGUUUAAUUUUAAUUAAUUAAUUUUGCAGUGUGUAAUUUUAGCCAAAUAACCAAUAUAAAGUUUUUGAUUUUCUUGGCAUUCAAAAAUGUUAAAAAAUUAAGCUUGCAAAAAAAAAAACAGUGAUACUGCUAUUUUGUGAUCAUUUAGAGUCUUAUACGUCGGUGAUUAUUUUUUUGUACUCCUUUUAAACUGACAUAAGUAAGGGAACUGCAUAUUAAAAACAUUUAACUACACAAACAGCAAACCUACAGAUACUAACGCCUCAGUAAUACAAAUCAUUUAUUAAUUAUUGGCUACACUUUUAAUAAUAUAAAAUCAGUAACAGAUAGAAGGAUUUAUCAGUUUUAAAAAAUGCCACUAUAGAUUAAUUUAAGUAACUGAUUGGUGAUUGUACUUUGAGAUCAAUUCCACAUAAUUAAAGCUAUUAAAACUAAGUGAAAUGGUGCUGUAGUUUCAUUUUUAUCACUGAUGGUUUAUUGGCUCUAUGUUGGAAAAAGGCUGGCUUAAAAAAAAGACUUUUAUUCUGUAAUUAAGUCAUAAACAGGAACAUUGCAAAGAAACACUCUGCCCAUAUGCCGAUGACUAACUGCUGUAUCUUUGUCUGUGUUUCAGGUAUAACCUUCAGUUUUCAGACCCCCAGCUGAGAAACUUUUUCUGCUGAAAGCCUGAAACACGUCCAUCCAGGACCCAGAGGAUCUAAUCUACACAUCUUAUCUUAUUUAAUAUUUAUAUCUGCUGCUCAGUGAGAGGAAACAAAAAAGACUCCCUUUUUAUUCUCACCUGCUUUGGUAUUGACACUGUUUGGAUGAUUUUGAACGACAGAGCUACGGAGGAGGAGCGGAAAGAAGAAGACUGAAUGUCUGGCAUUAUUUGCACUAUUUAUCUUUUUUAUACUUUAAAUCUUAAUAUAAUUUUUCUGUCUGUGUAUCUGGAUUUUAUUUGCAUCAAACGUGAACUAGAGGACAUAAAGAGUCACAACUGUCCACCAAUCAGAAACACUGGUGCCUUUAGCAAUGCUCCAAUCACUAUGGCAAUGACUGAAAAGUUUCACAAUCAGCUGGAAGAGAGACCUGUUUGCAGGAAUGUUUUGUUUUAGGUUCAUAUGAUUGAAAUCACAGACAGCGGAGCAGUUUGCGGACGGCUUUCUGGAAGUAAUGUAUCACGUUGUGGCCUGUAAGAUGAACAUCAGCAGCUUUACAAUCACAUCCAGUCCUUAUAAAUAUCAGAAGUGCCUCUCCGUUCAACAGGAUUUCAAUCAAGGACACUGAUUUGGGUGUCAGGAAGGUAUUUUUCAUCUGAAUCUUGCCUUAAAGAACCCAAAAAAAGUCCCCUAAUCCGUUGGAUCUGGGCCUUUGUCUUCUGACGGUGUUUAAAAAUCUGUCUGAUGAGAUCAAGUCCUUGACCUGAUCCUGAUGCCCAAUCCUAACUUUUUCAUACCUUAAUCUUAUCCUGGUCUGAAGAGGUUUCAGGUGAAUCAGGAGUUAAAACCUGAAUGACCAAUCAGCUGUUUUCUUUAUGUACUCCUCAUGAACAGAUCCCCUACCUUAAACAAUAUUACAGAAACUUUACUGGCUGGUUGAAUCCAACCAAUCAGAUUUUUGUUUUCGUUCCUGAUUUUGCUUCUUCAUAAAGUGUAUUUCUCUCUCUAUUCUAACUUUGCUGCCUUUUCAAACCUCUAUCUUUCACAGUGAGUACACAGGACAACAGUAAAAACACGCACUGCUGUUCGGCAACAUUCCCCAAACUCCUCACAGUCACAGCUGCAGGUGUUUGAUAAUUUUGACACCAGUGAAGAAGUACUCACACAAACUUUCUGUUUUAUUUUUUUUCCCAUUUGAUACCAAAAAUAUGUGUUGUUCCUGUGUAGUCAUGUCUUUGUGCUAUCUUUGUUAAUUUAAGAAAACAAUGCAAUGUGUACAUAAACUCCAGAAGAUAGUUUUCCUAUUUAAAUUUUGCCCUUUGUAAAUAAUUUUGUAUUUAUGAAAGAGAAUUGUAUAUAUGUCUAUGUUUAUGUGCCUAAUGUGUCAGUCAGAAUCAAGAAAUAUAUAUUUUUUCAGAAAUAAAUUAGAAAAUAACAUCAUUGUCACUGA